AUGCCUUCCAGCACCAUCGCACCCAAGUCAAAGCCCCUCCCGCCAGGGGUCUACACCCCCGUUGUCACAAUCUACAAAGCCGGCGAUCCUCUGCAACCCGUAGACCAUGACGCACUUUACAAGCAAUGUCAAGCCUUAGUCCGCGCUGGUAUGCACGGUCUCGUCUACCUCGGGACCAACGGCGAACUCGUUCUUCUGACAGCAGACGAGCGCAAGGCUAUUCUCCAAACAGCGGUGCGCGCUGUCAAAGACCUUGGAAAGCCUGACUACCCUAUUGUAGCUGGCAUAUCUGCAGAAUCUACCCGCGAAGCCGUCCUCAACGCCAAAGAUGCCGGCGCAGCGGGCGCAAGCUUUGGACUUUUGCUCCCGCCCAGCUACUGGGCUAAAGCCCUAUCAAGUGACGCGAUAUUGGGAUUUUACCGAGAUGUUGCGGAUAACUCUCCUAUUCCGAUUGUCAUCUACAAUUUCCCUGGCGUCACGUCUGGCGUGGAUCUCGAUUCCGACCAGAUUACUGCUCUCGCGUCGCAUCCCAACAUCGUGGCUGUGAAGCUGACCUGCGGUAACGUCGGCAAGGUGACUCGCUUGACCAGCAAGUUUACACAUGAGCAAUUUGGUGUUUUUGGUGGCAGCAGCGACUACCUUCUUCCAACGCUACAGGCUGGAGGAAGUGGCUGCGUAACGGGCAUGGGAAACAUCUUUCCCGGUUCAACGUCAGCAGUGUACGACCUGUGGAAGGAUGGGAAGGCUGAUGAGUCCCUGAAACUGCAAUAUGAUGUGGCAAACGCGGAAUGGGCUUGUAAGAAGGGUAUUGCCUUGACAAAAUACGGUGCCUGGCACUUCUUUGGUCGCGAUAUCGGGCUCACCGACGAGUCAGCGUGGGAGAUGAGGCGGCCGUAUCUUCCACUCGGCGACGCAACUAAGAUAUGGGCUUUAGAAACACUUGGUGUACUCGGAGAGACGGAAAAGCAAAGGUCGUGGAGCAAAUAG